AUGGGCAACAUUCUGUACGGCGACCUUUACGACCGAGUUCGCAGCGCGAGCGGCACCUACCUCCUGCAAAGCCAGUUUAUUGGACCGAAGCGAGCUCAAGACGCCGCAAACGGGCUGAAAGAAAACUGCACCUUGCUCAUGUUGAACUUUUACCGCAGUGCUGUUGGGGAUGUUGGAGCACAAGCUAUCGCUGACGCGCUGAAGGUCAACUCGACGCUGACCUGGCUCAACCUGUCGGAAAACAACAUUGGCGACCUUGGAGCGCAAGCUUUGGCCGAGGCGUUGAAGGUUAACACCGCUUUGACCACGCUUCACUUGGGACGGAAUAACAUUGGUCCACAAGGAGCUCAAGCUCUUGCUGAUGCCCUCAAGCUCAACAAAACACUCACAGCACUCCAUCUGGACUCGAACCGUAUCGAGACCGCUGGAGCUCAGGCGAUCGCUGACGCGCUGAAGGUGAAUCAGAGCUUGACGGAGAUUGAUCUCCAAUCAAACCGCAUCGGCGCUGGUGCUGGACAGGCGCUUGCCGAGGUCCUGAAGGUCAACCAAGCACUGGCGACCAUCAAUUUGAACAUCAACAAGAUCGGCGAAGCAGGUGCCGAGGCCAUUGCUGACGCGUUGAAGGUCAACCGCACCGUGACCACUCUUCACUUGUGGUCAAACGAGAUUACCCAGCCUGGAACCCGCGCAUUCGCAGCAGCGCUCAAGACCAAACUAGAGUGCAAUGAGGCCGACUGGGUGGUGAUUUGA